GCUUUAGUUAGCGGGUUGUCUGUUUUUAAGCAGUGGAAACCUCCUUGAGUUCCACAACGAUAAAAGUUACCCCGAUUAGCACUGGCCUUUAUCCUCUGGCUAUGGUCACGAGUUCUACUUACAAGGCCCUUCUGCUAAUGAGUAGCUUCAUGUCUACCUUGGGGGCGACACAUCGGUCAGAGAACUCAAUGUGUCAAUUCAACGUGAAUCUCAACACCGCGGACAUCGCCAACACUAGUUAUGUGCGUAUGAUGAAGAACGUCAAGCUUCCCAUUUCGGGACGAACAUACCGCUACGCCAUCAACCCUCCUCUCGAUGGAGAAAAGCCAUACAUCUUAUUCCUCCACGGUUUUCCCGAGUCCUCGUAUAGUUGGGUCAACCAGAUUGACUACUUCACCCGGCACGGCUACGGAAUCAUAGCGCCAGACCUUCUCGGGACCGGUGGCACCGACAAGCCCACCGAACUAGACGCAUACAGCUUGCGGACCAUGUCAUCUGAAAUAGCCGAACUGCUCCAGUGUGAGGGCAUUGAGAAGGUGGUCGCUGUUUCACACGAUCUCGGAUCUUUCCUGCUCUCCCGCUUCCACACAUACCACCCUGCCUAUCUUUCCGCUCUGGUGUACCUAGACAUCAGCUACAUCCCGCCCGGCCUAGACCUGAACCUCACUACCAUCGAAGCAGCCAACAACGCUUCGCAAGCCGGCUUGGGCUACCCUUUGUUAGGUUACUGGCCCUACCAUAACCAGCCCGAUGCCCACGUCCUCAUGGACAAACACUUAGACUCCCUCUUCUCCCUUUACUACACCUCGGCCACCCCAACGACCUGGAUCGAAAACUUCAAUACACCAGGCAAACUACAAGAGUGGCUAGCAGCAGACAAACGCGCGGAGUUCGGCAACGAAUACAUCACAAACUCCACCCGCGAGAUCUGGAAGUCCAUCGUCAAGGCGCAAGGCGGUUUGGAAGCGCCCUUGAAAUGGUACAAGGCCUUUUUACAAGGUGUGAAUUCCAAGGACGAGACUGAGCUUGAAGAUGCAAAUGGGAUGAUAGAGCAGCCUGUUAUGUUUGUAACAGCGCAAAGGGAUGCGGUGGGUGUGCAAUCGGAGGAGUUGAAGAGAAUGGUGCCGUUUGCGAUGGGGAUGUCGAUUAGGAGCGUGGACGCCGGGCAUUUCGUGCAUCUUGAGAAUGCGAGAGAGGUUAACAGGAUAGUGCAUAAGUUCUUAGAGGAUAUUUAA